AUGGCACCCUCCGUGUUGAUGGUGGGUACUGGUGAGUACACCACCGGAUAUGUUGGUGGUGCAGCAUCCGGCUCCGACAAGAAGGUCGGCGUGGUGGGAUUGACGCUAUUUGACCUUCGACGACGAGGCAAGGUCGGCAAACUAAGCAUGGUGGGAGUCUCGGGCUCCAAGUACCCGGGCAUUCGCGACCAUUUACACAAGAACAUUUCCCAAGUAUACAAUGGGUUGGACGUUUCCUUCGACUCUUUCCCCGCAGACAAUCAGACCGACCCAAACGCCUACAAGACGGCCAUUGAUGCGUUGGAGCCCGGAUCAGCCAUCACCAUCUUCACACCAGACCCGACCCAUUUCCCCAUUGCUUUGUACGCCAUCCAGCGCAAGAUCCAUGUGUUGAUCACCAAGCCAGCGACGCAGCGUCUAGCGGACCACCUAACGCUGGUAGACGAGGCACGCAAACAUGGCGUGUUCGUCUUCGUAGAACACCACAAGCGAUUCGACCCAGCGUAUUCGGAUGCGCGCGCCAAGGCUCGCAGCCUGGGCGACUUCAAUUACUUCUACAGCUACAUGAGUCAGCCCAAGAGCCAGCUGGAGACGUUCAAGGCGUGGGCUGGAAAAGAGAGCGAUAUUUCGUAUUACCUCAACUCGCACCACAUCGAUAUCAACGAGAGCAUGGUGCCUGAUUACACCCCCGUCAAGGUCACUGCGUCUGCCGCCAAAGGCACAGCCGUCGACCUUGGCUGCGUGUCCAAGACCGAAGAUACAAUCACUCUACUUGUGGAGUGGCAACAUAAGACUAAUGCCUCUAAGAGAGCCACGGCCGUCUAUACCGCUAGCUGGACGGCUCCUCAGAAUGCUGGUGUGCAUUCUAACCAGUAUUUUCACUAUAUGGGCUCCAAUGGCGAGAUCCGCAUCAACCAAGCCAAGCGAGGCUACGACGUCACCGGUGACGAGCAGGGACUAUCCUGGGUGAACCCAUUCUAUAUGAAAUACUCCCCCGAUGAAGAGGGCAACUUCGGUGGACAAACUGGCUACGGAUACAUAAGUUUUGAGAAAUUCAUCGACGCGGUCACCGCGGUCAACGAGGGUCGAGUGACGCUGGACGAGCUGGACGCGCGACCGUUACCGACGCUAAAGAAUACCAUCCCCACCACGGCCAUCCUCCACGCUGGACGGGUUUCGCUAGACGAGAAGCGGCCGGUGGAGAUUGUUUCGGAGAAUGGACAAUGGGGGUUGAAAUGA